AAAUUGAGAUCCAACCACGUAUUUGGAAAUGGAAGUUUGUUGUAUACCGGCGGUGCCAUUUCCCCCGGCUUCUCUCCGGUACCGACUCCAUCCCGUCCUGGAAAACUGGUCAAUCGGAAGACCGACGAAACGACGAUGUUUUUUUGCAGCGUCUGCAGGACUGCGUCACUUACCAAAGGGAAAUCAUCUGGAAACUCAGAAACGGAUGUUUAUACUGGGCAUGGGUUUCGUUGGGGAGUUUGUUGCUCAAGAUCUCAUGAAUCAAGGAUGGGCUGUAUCUGGAACUUGUACCAGCGUUGCCAAGAAGGAAAAAUUGGAUAAAUUGGGAUUCAAUGUCCAUCUUUUUGAUGCUAAUGAACCUGAGCUUGAAGUCCUAAAUAUCUUGAACCAACAUACGCACCUCCUUGUUUCCAUCCCUCCUUGCCUUCAUAUUGGUGACCCGAUGCUUCAACAUGCUGAAGUUUUAAGAAGGAAACUAAACAAUGACUGCCUUCAAUGGCUGUGUUAUCUAUCGACAACAGGUUUAUUUUAUUCAUGCAUUUAUGGUGAUUGUGGUGGUGCAUGGGUGGAUGAAACUUAUCCACCAAACCCUCCAAACGAAUUAGCUAAACUGAGGUUGGCUGCCGAGGGAGGAUGGUUAAGUUUAGGAGAUGAUCUUGGGGUGGCAGCACAUGUAUUUCGGCUUGGAGGUAUCUAUGGUCCUGGCAGAAGUGCUAUUGAUACCAUCAUUAAAGGGGAGUCUUUAUCAAAUUCACAGAGAGUAAGAUCAUUCAAGAAAUACACAUCCCGUGUUCAUGUUGCUGAUAUCUGCAAUGCUUUGAAUGAAAGCAUUCACAAACCAUCUCCUGGUAGAAUUUACAACAUUGUGGACGACGAUCCUGCCCCACGAACAGAAGUGUUUUCAUUUGCUCGCAAAUUGAUUGGUGAGACAUGGAUGAAGGAAGUGGAUACGAAUGAAAGUUUUAGUGGAGAGAGAAGUUUAAGGGGAGAGAAACGGGUGGUGAAUGCACGUAUGAAGAAAGAACUUGGAGUGAGGUUGUUUCAUCCCAGUUAUAGGUCUGGAUUGCAGAGCAUUUCUGACCAGGUACAUCAUUACCCACCUUCACCUUCACCUUCACCUUCACCUUCAUGGGAAGAAUCUCUAUCUGAUGUGUAAUGUUGUCCCAAAUCUCAAUAAUGUGGGUCACGUCUACUUCCAAUGGACCCAUUUCUGGUGAAGACAUGCUAAAAUAUGCAUUGCUAUGUCAGUUCAAUAUUUUAAAGGCAUCUGUGGAAGAAAAAUAGGAUCUUCCGUUCUUCCUUGUCUAGUAGAGAAAAUAGGAUUUUUGUUCUUGUGGUUUGUUAAUAAUUUUGGUUUUCGACCCGUUGGUUUAGAAAUUACCAUUUUCGUC